CCACCGCCGCUGUCCUGCCGGCGGGGGAAGGGUAACAGGCUACUCUGUCACUUUGUUGGGGUCGCAGGGGUUUUCCCCCGCUCCCUGCUACUGCUAGAAAAUAUUUUUGGGGUUUUUUUUCCCUCCUUUUCUUUCUCUUUAAAUAUAUAUAUAUAUAGUUAUAUGUAUAUGUAUAAAAUCACCUCUCGCUCUAGACUACGUUUGGGUGAGGGAACCUACGCAGGGAAUCAACUGGGUCAAGGGACCGAAGUCAAUGUGAUGGAGCCGCCAAUCCCAACUUGGUAGAACUAAAGUAAUGUAAUAGAGAUGUUGCACCAAUGUCGCGUGUAGUUCCCAGAAUUAACUCCCUCCUACCAGUAUAAAGUGCUCAAUGCUUAAUUGUGCGGUGUUAAGAAGAAAAAAAAAAAAAAUCCCCUUCUGCCCCAAAAAGAACAAAACUGCAGUUCCAAGUGUUUUCUUUUAGGAAUCAGCUGAGUAGUUUUUAUUUGCUUUCUUGACUUAAAAAAAGGAAAGGGAAGAACCCUUCUGUUCUCGCAGCUAACGUUAUAUAAAUCCCCAGACACAUACUGUGCAAAAUGUAUUAGCAGCAUGUUUAAUAUGCUGCAGUUCUCGCUCUGCAAUCUGUUGGUAUUUUAAAGUAAGAAUGAACUGUAAUCUCCCACAAAUCAUUUUUAAUUCAAUGCCGGGUAUACGUGUGCCACGGCGAGGUAUCAUCUCCUGCCUGCCUCUUUUUUUUAAGUUUGCUGGAACAAGACCUCUGCUGAAGUUAAAUCAGCACAUGCGUCUUGCACAGCACUUUAGCAAGUGGAUUAUAAUAACAACCCCCUCAACGCGUGUCUCACAUGAGGAAUCUUUUAUGCUGUGCUGUAUUAAGACUUCUUUUUUUUUUUUGUCAUAUUGUUUAGCUCUGGGAAAGGGAAAAAAAUGAAAACAAAGCAAUUAAAAAGAUUGACAGGUAUGGGUUUGUGUGAGACCUAUUUGUAAUUGUCAGGGUGACGUGGGCAAGAGGAGGAGGAGUAACAAACUGAAGCAGGAAAAGCAGCUCGAUGUGUCUGUCUAUCAGUUGAGACUGUCUGAGAGCCCUGGGAUCCGAAUGUGUGUUAUAUUUCAGUGAAAAGAGAAGAGAGGGAGAGUGGAUCUCUUUCUCUCCCAGGAGUUUAAGGCGGGGGGGGGACAGUUCACGUUAAUCUGUCCCACUCAGUGAAUGUCUUUUCUUCCUCCCCCCCUCCCUCUUUGCACACACUCUCCGGGGCUUUUCUUGGUUUUGGCAAAUUUUUUUGUGUGUGUGUGUUGUUUUUUUUUUUCUUUUUUUUUUUUUUUCUUCUGUUGCAGAUCAAGAUCAGCCAAAAAAAAUCCAUGAUAAAAAAAUGUGUUUGCAUUAUACUUAGUAGCAGAAGAAGCUUCGAUUUGUGGAAGAGAAAAAAAAGGGAGAGCAAGAGAGAAAAGUAGUCCUCUCCGGUGGUGACACUGUUUGAUCUGUGACUGUUUGGAAGGUGGAGGAGUGACUGACAUUUCCCAUCCGGUGUAUAUGUAUGUAUGGGGGCUUUACUCCUUUUUAUGAUUUGCUUCCUUGCUCUUAGACUAAGUGCUGGGAGGAGAAGGAGAGACUGGAUCGACCUCGUUUUUUGCACAAUGAACAAACUAUUAUCAACGCAAUAAAAAACCAAACAAACAAAAAACCCCCCAACAACAACAGCAACAACAACACACAAAUCCACGAGCUUGAAACAAGCCAGCGAGCGAGCGAGCGAGAAAGUUGCGCUUUGAGACUCUUUGAUCUCGGAGAAAGCCUGAGAGGGGGGGAGUGACUGAAUUUACCGUCUCAUCGCCGCCGCUUGCUCGGCUCUCCACCGCGAAGAAGGAGGAGAAGAAGACGAAGAAGUGAUUAAGGAAAGGAGGGGGAGAAGGGGAGAGAGGAAAAGGAGGGGAAAAAAAGGAACGAAAGAAAGAUAAUGGAUUUGGGCUACAGAUUGAACUGAUCAAAUCUUAUUUAUUUUGCACAUCUCCACUGGCAUCUUCCCUGCUGCUGCUGCUGCCGAGAGGACUGAAGAGCUUUGUCUUAUAAGGAACUUAAAAGAGAGAAAGAGAGAGAGUGUGUGAGAGAGAGAGAGGGAGGAAAAUUAACCUUGUAAAUGAAAACAUUUCCUAAGCAAGUUUUUGGAGUGGCGGCGGAAAUUGGCAUCCCUGUCACCAGUCUGUGGCUUGCCUCAUCCCACACCCCACCUUCCCCCCCGCCCCGCGCACCCCGCUCGCCGCGCCGGGAGCUGACCCGGGGGGGGAGCCCGGACCGGGCGAGAGGAGAACCCGACCAAACUUUUUCUCCUUCCUCCCCCCCCCUCCUCCUUCCUCCUCCUCUCCCUCUCUCCCAUUCCUCCCCACCCUCCCUCUCGCUCUUCCUAGGCGGAAUUAGAAGUUGAAUCCGCUUUCUUUUCUCCUUCCUCCCCCUCCCUCCUUCCCUCCCUCCCUCCUUCCCUUCCCCCCCCCUCCCCAUUUUAUUUUUUUUUUAUUAUUAUUAUUAUUAUUUGUGUGUGUGCGUGCGCGGGUGUGUGCGUGUGUAUUUGUUUCUGCAUGAAAAGAGGGGGAUCGGAAGAAGAGUCCUGCGCGGAAACUCUGCGGCGGCGGCGGCGGCGAGGCGGCGGCGGCGGCGGCAGCAAUGCCGCGGAGAAAGCAGCAGGCACCCCGGCGCUCCGCAGCAUAUGUUCCUGAGGAGGAAUUGAAAGCAGCAGAAAUAGAUGAAGACAGUGUGGAAGAUGAUGGGCUGUCUCUGGACAUCCAGGAGAAUGAGUAUUUGUGCAAUGAAGAAGCGGAGAUCAAAGAGGCUCAAAGCUACCAGAACUCCCCAGUCAGCACUGCAACUAAUCAGGAUGCAGGCUAUGGUUCGCCGUUUAGUGAAAACAGCGAUCAGCUGGCCCAUUUCAAAAGCACUUCCUCUAAAGAAGAGAAAGAGGAUCCUCAGUGCACAGACAAUGUUUCCUAUCCACAGGACAGCUUGGCACAAAUAAAAGCUGUGUAUGCAAAUUUGCUUUCAGAGACUUGCUGGUCCAGUUUAGCUUUGGACUUAAAGAAAUCCAAUCCAACCACCAGCAACAAUGGAAUCAGCCAGAAUGAAAACACCACCAAUACCGACACCAAUGCCAAUUCCCAGAAUACUAGUACUACCAGUACCAACACUAGCACCAGUACAACUACCAGUAAUACUAGUAACAGUAAUAAUAACAGUGGUGGCUCAGGAUAUGACUGGCACCAAGCUGCAUUAGCUAAAACUUUGCAGCAGACCUCAUCAUAUGGACUUCUCCCAGAGCCUAGUCUUUUCAGCACAGUACAGCUUUACCGGCAAAACAAUAAACUUUAUGGGUCUGUGUUCACCGGUGCUAGCAAAUUCCGAUGCAAAGACUGCAGUGCAGCCUAUGACACACUGGUGGAGCUAACAGUGCACAUGAAUGAAACUGGACAUUACCGUGAUGACAACAGAGAUAAAGAAGCUGAUAAGACUAAACGGUGGUCAAAGCCUAGAAAACGAUCACUUAUGGAAAUGGAAGGCAAAGAGGAUGCCCAGAAAGUGCUCAAGUGCAUGUACUGUGGGCAUUCGUUUGAGUCUUUGCAAGACCUCAGUGUCCAUAUGAUAAAAACAAAGCAUUACCAGAAAGUGCCUCUGAAGGAGCCAGUACCAGCCAUCACGAAAUUGGUCCCUUCUACCAAAAAGCGAGCACUUCAGGACUUAGCUUCACCCUGUUCACCUGAGCCAACAGGGAUCACUGCAGAAGCUUCACUGGGUGAGUCUGCAAAGGAUCAGAAAACUGCCAAUCCCUACGUGACUCCAAACAACCGCUAUGGCUAUCAAAAUGGUGCUAGCUACACUUGGCAGUUCGAGGCACGCAAAGCCCAAAUACUGAAAUGCAUGGAAUGUGGCAGUUCCCAUGACACUUUGCAGCAGCUCACUGCUCACAUGAUGGUCACUGGUCAUUUCCUGAAGGUGACCAAUUCUGCUUCCAAAAAAGGCAAACAGCUAGUGUUGGACCCUGUGGUGGAGGAGAAGAUACAGUCUAUACCUCUUCCACCCACUACCCACACAAGGCUACCAGCCUCCAACAUUAAAAAGCAGCCUGAUUCCCCAGCGGGCUCCACAAACUCGGAGGAAAAGAAAGACCUAGAGAAGGAAAAGGUGGUGGUCACUGAAACAGAAAAAAAGAUUAAAGAAGAGAAUGAGGACUCUACAGAGAAAUUUGAGCCAACAACUUUGUACCAAUACCUCAGAGAGGAGGACCUAGAUGAUAGUCCCAAAGGCGGAAUAGACAUACUGAAAUCCCUGGAGAACACAGUGACAACAGCUAUAAGCAAAGCUCAGAAUGGAGCCCCUUCCUGGGGAGGGUAUCCCAGUAUUCAUGCAGCUUACCAGCUCCCGGGAACAGUCAAGCCCAUUCAGCCAGCAGUGCAGAGUGUUCAAAUGCAGCCAUCUUACGCAAGCAGUGUAAAAUCACUGUCAUCAGAACACAACGCACUCAUCCAUUCCCCGGGCAAUCUCACACCCCCACCUCACAAGAGCAAUGUGUCUGCUAUGGAAGAACUAGUGGAGAAAGUUACAGGUAAAAUCAAUGUGAAGAAGGAAGAAAAGCCUUUGGAGAAAGAGAAGAGUUCUCCAGUAAAACCUAUGUCACCUGCUGCUAAAGAAAACAAGGACUUCCCAAAAGCAGAAGAAAUAAAUAACAAACAGCAGCUGAAGAAGAGCUCUGAGUCAGAAGUUCAAAAGGUCAAAAAGGAUAGUCCAUCAGAAGCACAUACGCCAAACGGUACAGAGCCACUUAAAACAAAGGUUGCAAAUGGCUGUAACAAUUUAGGAAUUAUCACAGAUCAUUCACCUGAGCCAUCCUUCAUUAAUCCAUUGAGUGCUUUACAGUCCAUUAUGAAUACCCACUUAGGCAAAAUUUCUAAGCCGGUAAGCCCCUCUCUGGACCCUUUGGCCAUGCUGUACAAAAUUAGCAACAGCAUGUUGGACAAACCCAUUUACCCGACCACACCAGUCAAACAGGCUGAUGCUAUUGACCGGUAUUACUAUGAGAACAGUGAUCAACCUAUUGAUUUAACCAAGUCCAAAAACAAGCCUCUUGUUUCCAGUGUGGCUGACUCUGCUUCAUCCCCGCUUAGGGAGAGUGCCCUGCUGGAUAUUUCCGAUAUGGUGAAGAACCUCACGGGGCGUUUGACACCCAAGUCUUCAACUCCAUCUACCGUGUCAGAGAAGUCUGAUGCUGACGGGAGCAGUUUUGAGGAAGCUCUGGAUGAACUGUCACCAGUACACAAGAGGAAGGGCAGGCAGUCCAACUGGAACCCUCAGCAUCUUCUGAUCCUUCAAGCCCAAUUUGCUUCCAGCUUGAGGGAGACCCCAGAAGGCAAAUACAUUAUGUCGGACCUAGGUCCACAAGAGCGGGUACACAUCUCUAAGUUUACUGGUCUUUCCAUGACCACAAUUAGCCACUGGCUGGCCAAUGUGAAGUAUCAGUUAAGGAGGACAGGUGGAACUAAAUUUUUAAAGAACUUGGACACAGGACACCCUGUUUUCUUUUGCAAUGAUUGUGCCUCUCAGUUCAGGACUGCUUCUACAUACGUAAGUCACUUAGAGACACAUCUAGGGUUUAGUUUGAAGGAUCUGUCAAAGUUACCACUUAAUCAGAUUCAAGAACAGCAGAAUGUUUCAAAAGUCCUCGCAAACAAGACUUUGGGCUCACUUGGAAUUGCCGAGGAGGACUUAGGCUCCACAUUCCAAUGUAAGCUCUGUAACCGAACUUUUGCAAGCAAGCAUGCAGUCAAACUGCACCUUAGUAAAACACAUGGCAAGUCCCCAGAGGACCAUCUGAUCUAUGUAACUGAGUUAGAAAAACAAUAGCGUCCAGGUAAGCAGCCAGGUAUGCAAGUGACCACAGGAACAUUGCACUAAACUUCUUCAUAGUACUGCACUAGGCCUGACCUGAGCCUCUGAAAUCAGUCUUACUUUUGUUGCUGAACUGCCUAUCUGGACCUUGGGUUUUCUUACACUUAUUUUGUAGUUAUAUUUAUAUGCUCUUUGUCUGUGCAUGGUUAUUUUUUGUUUCUGUUUUUAUUUUUUGUGAGUCAAAGUCUGACCUUUAUUUUCUACAUCUGUCCUUGAUGUUAAGCUAUCUUUUGUAGAAUAUAGUGGGAGACACUAUUGAGAGACAUUAAUUUAGCCGUAAAGAAAGACACAAAGAACAAUGAUAAAGAGACAUCCUAAAAUUACAAAGUUGCCAUGACAAUAAAGGUCACAGAACCUGGUAGUGUCAAGUUUUAACCCUCUGAGAACUGUAAUAGCAUUUCUGUGCCUUUCCCAGUGACGAAAUAAGUAAAUAAGGAAAAACAAACCAAACCAAAACAAAAGGUUUAAAGGCAUUUCAUUCAAAUAAAAGCUGUGUCGGAAGCAGGACUUUCUUUUUUUUUUAAAUGAAUGAGCUUCUUUUUUUUUUUUUUUUUUUUAAUGCAGAACUGGUUUGUGAAGAUAUUGUGCAUGCAGUCCUUGGAAGAAGGAGAGCUGUGUAGUACUCAAGGGGUUAGGAAGCCACAACUGUAUAAGUUAAAUAAUAAUUAAAAAAAAAAGCAAACCAAGUUGCCACUAUGCCCAAACCCUCUGGAUGCUGAGAAUUGCCACUUUUUGGCAAAAAAAAAAAAAGUAUGCAAGCUGUUAUUUAAAACAAAUGUAAAAAUGCUCUUUUCUUUCCUUUUUUUUUUUUUUCUGUAAAAUACUGCAGUUUAUAGUUAUUUACAAAUGUUAAGCUUUGGUACAAGCUGACCUUUCUAUAGUGUGCUGCAUUGGUAAAUGAAAACAAAAAAAAUGGGGCAAAUGUUGGAUUCUGUUCCUUGUAAAUUGCCAGCAUCAGCUUAAAAAAAAUACAUGUUACAUAUCGUACCAUUUUAAACUGUUCAACUUUCUUUGUACCUUCUGGCUGUAUGCUUUCUCUUUUAACUUUUUAUAUUGUCAUUUUAUAUUCAAUUUCUGUGUAUAUAAUGUAAAACCACACUUUUUGAAUAAAAUUUAGUUCCUGCAGCUUGAUAUAAAUAGAGGAAUUUUACUGGCACCUGCAUCUUUCCAGAUGCAUGUACGUAAAGGAACUAUCUGACAAAAAAAAUAAAUAAAUAAAAAUAAAGCAAGCAAUGCACUAUGAAUUAUACAUUUUGAUGUUUUAUCAUUAAUAUUGUACAGUACAUUUUGGUUCACACAAUUAAAUCCACUGUUUUCUCAAGUGUAAAAUAAACCCACAUGCAGUUCUUGAUUUA